AUGCUCCAUUGCAGCUUGCAGGCUGUCUGCUCUUACUAACAGCGCCUCCUAGUCGUAUAUUUUCCAAAUACCUUCAGUCCACACACAUCGCAUGCUAAUUUCCCGCGUUCACCCUUCCUUAGGGUUUCUUGGCGAGGGUUUUGGCUUAAAACCAUUUUCUGCACGGCCGUCGAUUUUGGGGCUACCGUUUCCCGAUUUCCACUGACGAUCAAGGAACACUCGCGACUUAUGGAACUCGUUGCGCGAAGAUCCGAUGGAUCUUCAGUCUGAGAAUCCAAAUCUGGUCCGGACGAACGGAAAACGCGUGCACGGAGAGCGCGUUUGGUUCUCGUAGGCAGCAGUAAUCUGUAAUCUCGCUAUUCUUAACUCACCCGUAGGGCGACGCGCGAUGGGGCGGGAGGGGCGCCCCGUGCGCGAGAUUCGUCUCCCCGCGAAGCUUCGCGACGAGUGCAUCGAGCUGCCGUCGAAGCACUACUGCGCGUGCCGGCAGCCGUACAAGAAGGGGCGCUUCAUGAUCGCGUGCGACGCCAAGAACAAGAGCGCGCACUGCUUCGAGUGGUGCCAUGGCGCCUGCAUCGGCAUUUCCGAAAAAGAGGCGGCGGGAAUGGGCGAGUACUUCUGCGAGCCCUGUCGCGCAGCCGCGCAGGCGAUCGUCGCGGGGGGCGACGACAGCGCCGCCGCCGCUGCGUCCGCGGCUGCGGCAGCGGCGGCGGCGGCGGCGUUAGCGGCGGGCGUGGUGGCGGGCGCGGGAGUGGCGGUGUCGCCCGGCAAGAAACGGGCGAGGCGCAAGCCGAAUCAGAAGGCCUCUCUCUCAGACGGCGGCCAAUCAGACGCCGCUUCUGACGCCGACAAUCCCGAGGUCCCAGGCAGCCACUCUGCAGCGGGGCAGGCAGCCAGUCGCAGGCUGACACGUGGCGAGGCACAGAAGCUGCAGCGGCUGCAAGAGGGGGGGGCUGCAACGGGGGAGGAAGAAGAGGGGGAGGAGGAGGAGGAGGAGGAGGACGAGGAGGAAGAGGAUAGGGCCACGAAUGCUGCUGCUGCUGCGGCUGCUCCUGGUAGUGGUGAUGCUGCGUCUGCGUCUGCUGCUGCUGCUGCUGCUGCUGCUGCGGCUAUUGGUGCUGCUGAUGGCACGGGCUUGGCAGAACCAGGAGGGGACGUACCUGCUGUUGCUGAUGCGGCAGCUCUGGCUGCAGGUUCAGCGAACCUAGACGCGAAUGGCGAUGCACAUAACGUCCUGGCAGGGGGCCAACUUCUGCAGUACCAGCUGCAGCAGCAUCAUCAGCAACAGCAGCUACAGGAGGCACAGCAGCAGCAGCAGCAGCAGCAGCAGCAGCAGCAGCAGCAGCAGGAGCAGCAGCAGCAGCAGCAGCAGCAGCAGCAGCAGCAGCAGCAGCAGCAGCAGCAGCAGGAGCAGCAGCAAGUAGAGCCAGGGCAGCCAUUCUCUGUGUACGACGCUGUUGCGGCUGCUGCUGCCUCCGCUGCCCUUCCUGAUGAUACAGCGCUCUCCCCCACUCGCACGCCGCUUCCACACCACGUGCACCCAUUCAGUGACCCUGCAGCCGCAUCAGCUGCAGCAGCAGCAGCCGUAGCAGCAGCAGCAGCAGCUGCUGCUGCUGCUGCUGCGGGGGACAAAGGCUCUCUCAAGCGCUCUGCUACUGACAUGAUGGGUAUAUCCCCGGGGAUGGAUGCCGUUUCUGCUGCUGCUGUUAUGGGCGGAGCAGGGAUAGAGGGGGUAGACCCUGGGCUGCUUGCCCCAGCAGCGAAGCAAGCACGGCUUGAACCCCAGGGCUCGUCUCCCUCCACAGCUUCUGCUGGCAUCCCACCCGCCUCUCUUGCUGUCCCUGCCGUUCAGCCUGCUACAGGUGUUGCGUCCGCUGCUGUCUCUCCCACCCUGGCGCCGUGCGGUGCAGCGGCAGCGGACAGGAACGGAGAAAAGACCCUCGCGCCCUCCGCUCUCGCUGCUGCUGUGGUUGCUGCUCCUGGCGCGGCUGCAGCAGCAGCAGCAGGUGGAAGCACAGCCACAGCAGGAGCAGCGGUGGCAGGGUCUGUGCCUCACCUGGUGGCAGUAACUCUGCCAGUACCGACUUCUGCUCCUUCACCUACUGCUACCAGCAUAGCCAGCACAAUCACUGCCACCACCAUUGGUGUAGCCGCGGCCUCUGUGGUGCCUGCUGGUGCGAACCCCAUCCCCCUCCUCCGCGUGCCCCUUUUCUAUGGCAGGCCACAGCUGUCCCCUUUCGCCAUCCCGCCUCUCCCUUCGUUUGCGGGCUCUGUUGCCCCUGGUCUAGCGCCGCCCGCUCCUGGUGCUGCUCCAGGCUUUUCGCCAGGUGUUUUGCCAGGUGUUCCAGGUGCCGUCCCAGGUGCUGUGCCAGGUGGCGUGAUGGCUGCAGUGCCGCCUGCCGCUGCUCCUGGGGCAGGAAGAAGCGGCGCAGCAGCAGCAGCGGCAGGGGCAGCAGCAGCAGCAGGGGGGGCGAGUCGAUCAGGGCAGGGCGUGGCGGGGAAGGGAGCAACAGCGAAGACUUCGAUGCGCACCCGGCAAGGCACAGCAGCUGCAGCGGCAGCAGCAGCAGCCGGUGGUGGUGUUGGGGGUUCUGGUGCUGGUCUAGGGAGGCUGAACCUGCAGCAGCAGCAAUAUCUCCUGCAGCAGCAGCAGCAGCAGCAGCAGGUUGGGCAGGACGACGGGCAGGGCCCCCCUCAGCCCCACACCAAGGCGUACUACCAGCACCACUCGCGCAUGCGUGUUGGCAGUGGCAACUCCGGGCCAGCACCGACAGGAGCAGCACACGCCUUCCCCCUUGGCGCCCUCUCUCGCUCCGCCUCUGGCGGCUCAGCAGCAGCAGCAGCCGCCGCCGCAGCAGCAGGGGGAGCAGCGUUGCCUGCGUCUCCGCGCUCCGCCCCUGUGAAAGGGCCGGGGCAGCGGAGGAACUCUGCAGGGCAGGCAGGGGCGCGGGCGAGAGGGCAGGAGAAGGCCGGGGCAGGGGCAGCAGGGGGGGCGGGAGGAGGAGGGGGACGGGCGGGAGGAGGGAUGGUGGGUAGCAGUCCGAGAGGAGGAGGAGGAGGAGGAGGGGGUGGGGGUGGGGGUGGGGGUUCCAUGGUAAUUGCGAGAGGUGGUAGUGGGGGUGGCGGGGGGAUUGGUGGUGCCAUGACUGGUUCCCCGUCGGAUAUUGCGACACGGCAGCGGUUUAGGGACUCUGUUGCUGCUGCUCUCUGCAUCGGCUUGCUGGAAAUGGCUGCUGCUUCUGCUGCUGCGGCUGCGGCUGCUGAUGCUAGUGCUGCUGCUGCGGCUGCUGCGGCUGCUUCGAAGAGAGAAAUCGGAGCGAAAGAGGAGCCAGGAAGCGUCAGGCAGUUAGAGGGGGCUAGGAGGAAGGAGGGAGAAGAGGUGAAGUUGCUUCCUGCACCGGCUGCUGUUUUGACCAUAGAUGGCAAGGUGGAUGGAGAUGGGGCAGCAGGUGCGAGUGUGAAGACGGAAGCAGGCGACGAAAAGGCUGCUGAGUCUGCGCCUGGUGAAGAGGUGAAGAUGAGGGAUGGAGAGGAGAAGGUGAAGGAGGAAGAGAAAGGGGAGAUAAAUGUUGGUGUAGGAGAAACUAGUGCUAGCAUCGCUGCUGCUAUCCCUGGAGACGCCAUGCCUGUGCACGCUUUUGAGCCCCCCACUAGUGCUACUGUGGUUGCUCCCGCGCCGGUUUCCGAAGCAAUUCUUCCUAAUGCAGCUGCCGACGCCGUUGCUGCAGCUGCUGCUCCGGAUGCUGCUGUUCCUGCUGCUGCUGCUGCUGCUGCUGCUGCUGCUGCUUCUGAGUCUGCUGCUGCUCCCAUCCACGGUUCCAAGAUUCUUGGUGGGGUUGCUGCAGCUGACAGUCCAGUGCAGCCAGCAGCGGAUGCAGCAGGGGAGGCAGCGGUUGAGGCUGCUGAGGAUGGUUCUAGGGAUGCUGCUAUCAAUCAAGCAGUCCCGGGUGCGGCUGCUGCUGCUGCUGAGGCUGUUUCUGCUGCUCCUGCUCCUGCAGGAGUGGAUGCAGGGGAGCCUGGGCUGAAGCCGGAGCCUGUGAUUGAAGCGAUGGUUACAGAAGCGGUUGUGAAGGAGGAGGGUGUGACAGAAACGGUUGUGGUGGACGCGGGUGGGGCAGAAGCAGCUGCUGCAGAAGAGGUGAUGGGGGAUGCUGUGAUGGCAGAAGGAGUAGACGCUGCUGCUGCAGCUAUUGUGGCAAGUGCAGAAGGAGCAGCACCAGCAGAAGUAGUACCAGCAGAAGCAGCACCAGCAGAAGCAGCAGCAGCAGAAGCAGCAGCAGCAGAAGCAGCAGCAGCAGAAGCAGCAGCAGCAGCCGUUGCAGCAGAUGGGAGCAAUGAGGAGCGCAGUGGUCGUGCAGCAGUUACGGAGGAGGAGGAGAUGGGAGGAAACCAAGCGGGGGCAGUCAAGGCUGAAGAGAUGGACGACGAUGUGGUGGAGGUGACUGAUGGGGAGGUGAAGGGAGAGACGGAGGGAGGGACGGCUGGUGCUGCUGCGCCUCUGGUAGUAGGUGGUGCAGCUUCGCCAGCACCGCCAGAACCGCUGCCAGCCGCAGCAGCAGCAGCAGCGGCAGCAGCACCAGAAGCACCUGCAGCAGCAGUCCCACAACCAGCAGCACCGGCACCAGUACCGUCAGCACCAGCACCAGCACCAGCACCAGCACCGGCACCGGCACCAGCACCAGCACCAGCGGCACCAGCACCAGCACCAGCGGCACCAGCACCAGCAGCAGCACCACCAAUAGUAGCACCAGCACCAGCACCUCCAGCAGCAGCAGCAGGAGUGGCAGUUACAUCAACACCAGCCCUGGCAGUCGUGGCAUCACCACCAGUGGCAACACCUUUAGGAGCCCUAACACCAGCAGCAGCAGCAGCAGCAGCAGCAGCAGCAGCAGCAGCAGCACCACCACCAUCACCAUCACCAGCACUGUCAACAGCCAUCGUCCCAUCCUCACCAUCCACCCCACCUGUCCCCUCCACCACCACCACCCCCCCACCCGCGCCCGCCCUCUCCCCAGCCUCCCUCCCUCCAGCACAGCGGGCCAAAGCCGACGGCCUUGCAGCCACGAUCGAAGACGAGCUCUUCCGGCUGUUCCGCGGUGUGACCAAGAAGUACCGCGACCGCGCUCGCUCCCUCCUCUUCAACCUCAAGGACCCCAGCAACCCAGAGCUCCGCGCUCGGGUGCUCUCAGGGGACCUCCCCCCCAGGGAGCUCUGCCAGAUGAGUGCGGAGCAGCUGGCGUCUAGGGAGCUGUCCCAGUGGCGCGAGGCCAAGUACCAGGAGCAUGCGGAGCAGACGGUUCUGACUGAGGAGGACUCGGACGCGUUGAUGAGAGUAGUGAAGAAGACGCACAAGGGCGAGGUGGAAGUGGAGUUGCCCUCGCUUGCUGAGGAGGUUUCGGCUGCCGCGGGUGCGGUGGAGGAGGUAUGGUCGCAGGCAGAGGAGGAGGAGAAGGCUCUGGCUGUGGGGCAGGACAUAUGGGAGGGGGCGCUGCAAGUCACGUCGUCCCGCAUGUGCCCCAUCCGCGCGUUCCGAGUCAGCGGCGACAUCGCAGUGGACGUGGGUCGGUUUGAGGCGGUGGUGGAGGUGAAGGGGCGCGUCAAGAUGUCUGACUUUGCCACGUUCCUCUCCGCCCUGCGCACCGCCCGCUCCCGCACCGUCAUGGUCCUAGUGCUACUGUGCCCGGAUGUUACUGAUGACGCACUUCAUGAGGCAGCGGAGCAGUACCUGGAGAGCAACAGGGUGGGCUUUGCAGAGCCAUGCAAGGGCACAGAGCUCUACCUGCUGCCCGUGGGGAGUGAAGGGGAGAACCUGCUCCGGACCAAUGGCUUCCUGCCUAAGCACGCUCUCCCUGCCCCAACCGCUGCUGCUCCUGCUGCUCUUCCUGGAGCUGCGGAUGUGGCUGCUGAUGCUGCCCCCGCUGCUGCUGCUGUUGCAGUAGUUGGUUCUGUUGCAGGUUCUGGUACUGAUGUAACUGGCUUGGCUGGUGCUGGUACUGGUAAUGCUGCUGCUGCUGCUGCUGCUGGUCCUGCCAGUGAGGGGGGCGCAGCUGUUGAGAACGAGCAGAAGGUGAAAGAGGAGGUUAAGGCGAAGGAGGAGGUCGAGGUGAAGGAGGAGGUUAAGGUGAAGGAGGAGGAGAAUGGCAGAGAGGUAAUGGCUGUGGAAGCUAGUAGUGGUGGAAUGGGCGAACCAGCUGCUGGGCAAGCUGUGAAGGAGGAAGCAGGAGAAGCAGGAACGGUGACGAAGGGAGAACCUGCAGCAGAGACAGCAGGAGGAGAGAUGCCAGAAGGAAGUGUUCUGGUGGGAGGAGAUGCAGUGGGAGUAGGAUCCGGUGCGGAGGGAGGAGAGGCGGAAGCAGCUGGCGGUGCUCUUGCUGCUGCCAUAAUCAAUGCUGCAGGAGGAGUGAUUUCAGCAGAAGAGAAAGCAGCAACUGGUGUGCAAGCAGCAGGGGAAGAGGCUGGGGCACCAGGAAUGAGUGAAGGGGGAGGGGAUGCGGCAACAGCAACUGCAGCAGGGGAGGGCCUUCUUACCACCAUUACCACCACCCCUGGUGACACCACAUUACCAGAAACCGCACCAGCAGCAACAGCAGCAGCAGCCGUAUCAGAACCAGCAGCAGCAGUGACUGCUACUGCAUCUGAUGCCCCUGCCACUGGUGCCGACACACCCAUGUCUACCUCUGCCGUCACUCCACCACCUGCUGCUGAUGCUCCACCCGGCCCAACGCCCACCCCGCCCCCUGCCACAGAGCCUCCUGCACUCCCGGACACGGCGGGAGAGGCCAGUGGGGGUCGCGUAGUCUCGCAGCAGGAGAACGAACCAGCAGGUACUGCUAUCGUGACCACUGGAGCAUCUGGAGCAGCUGCAGAAUCAGCAGCAGCAGCAGCUGCAGGGCCAGAGGCGACUGCACUUACCCCUUCAGAAGCAGUGUCUGCAGCAGCUCCUUGUGCUGGUUCUGCUCUCGCUCCCUCACCUGGCUCUGCCUCUCUCAGGUUCUCCUCUUCUGCAGUCGCGUCCCUGACUGCGGGGGAGCGGGUGCUCGCUCUUCCUGCAGCCGCAGUGGGGCAGAGACUGCUUGGUCUGCUGGUGCAGCGGAAAAGCACAGCUCAGGUUAUAGCUGCUGCUGCUGCCGCCGCCGCUGCCGCUGCUGCUGCUGCCUCUGCAUCUGCAGCCACGAGCCAAGCUGUUCCUGCUGGUUCUGAUGCUGCUGCUGCUGCCACCAUCCCUGCAGGGUAUAGUAGCAAGGUCAGUAAGCGGGAGUCCGGCUUUAAGGUGGAUGAUUCAGCAGCGGCAGCGGCGGCUGCUGCAGCUGCGGCUGCCACUCGCGGCCUUUCAACUCACUCCUCCAAGGCUGCUGCUUCGGAUUCCCCAGCCAAGUUCCCCUCACCUGAUGCCGUGCCUUCACACGGGCACCCUCCAGCACAUCGGCAGGAGGAUAAGCCGGAAAGGUUUCGGCAUGCCCCUGCACAUGGGCGCGAGUACGGGCGAGAGAGAGACCGGGAGAGGGAGAGGGAGCGGGAGCGGGAACGGGAGCGUGAGUACAGCAGGGAGCAUGGAUACGGGUCGUUCCACUCAGCCCAAGGGCCCCCGCCCUCAGCUCUGCGUCGCUCUGGCAGCAGCGGUGCCGGCAGUGGGAGCGGUGCCGGGGGCUACGGAGGGGUUCCGCACACUCCUCCUCCCCCUCGCUCCCGCCCUCCCAUGUCACCUGCUGCCACGCCUAAAUCCGGUCCCAUGGCUGCUGGGUCCCCGCGCCUGCCGUUGUCCCCGACCCCUGCGUCUGGAGGUUGGGGGGGUCGAGAGAGGAGAGAGGAGAGGAGGCGGAGGGGGCGUGGAUGGGAUGAUGGUGAUGCCAGGCAACCGGGUGCUGGUGGGGGUAUGGGAAGAGGUGGUAGUGCUGCUGGUGGGAGAUUGGGAGGAGGAGGAGGAGGAGGAGGAGGAGGAGGAGGAGGAGGAGGAGGAGGAGGUAUGGAUGAUGAUGAUGAUUUGCCAGAGUUUGAGUUUGAGCAGCCAACACAGCCACAGCAGCAGCAGCAGCAGCAUGAGCCGUCUCUCCCUCCUGGCUUCUAUGCUGGUGGCCCGGCUGCUGCUCCGUCCCCAACUCCUGCUGCCAUGGCUGCUGCUCCACCCGCUGCUGCUGUGGCUGCUGCUCCCUCCCCUUCUGCAGCAACUCCUGCUUCUCUUCCUCACCAUGCUCCUGCCAUCGCCCCUCCCACAGUUGCUCCUGAUGCUGCAGCAGCUGCUGCAGCAGUGGUGGCAGGCGGUCUGCCAAGCAACUUGGCGUCUGCUCUUGCUGCAGUAGCUCCCGCUCUCGCGUCCCUUGCAGCUCUGACCUCUUUGCAAGGCGGUGCUCAGCAGCAGCAGCAGCAGCAGCAUCCCGCAGUGCAAUCACAUGCAAUGACUUCUCAAGACCGUACAAGCUCAGCUGUUCAGCCAUUCAUCCCUCAGCCGGCUAUGUCUACUCCUGCUGCCCCACCUGCCACUGCUGCCUCUCUUCCUGGUGCAGGCGGCACUGCUGGGUUUGGUCCUGCCCCUAUUCACCCACUGCAGCAGCAGCAGCAGCAGCAGCAGCAGCAUCAGCUUGCAUCCAUGCCUGGCCCCACACCUAUGGCCUCUGUUCCACCUGCUCCUGCCCGCCCUGUUUGGAAGAUCACAACCACCACUGCCCCCAGUCCUGUUUCUUCCGCCCCCCCUGCUGUUCAAGCUGGGGCUUCUAUCCCUGCGCAACCAGGCAUGGUCUCGGGGCCUAGAAUGGGGGUUGGAACAGGCAUGGUUGCAGGAGGGGGUGGUCCUGUAGGUGGGGGGGGCGAUGCUUGGGGUUCUCUGCCGAAAUCACAGCUACCGCAGCAGGCACAGCAGCAGGAGCAGGAGCUGCAGCAGGUGCAGCAGCAAGGGCAGCGGCAGGUGCCGCUGCAAGAGGCGUAUGGAAGUGGGGACGGGUCAAGAGGCCCUCAAGGGUUCAGGGGAGAAGGGGGAUGGACACAGGGGCCCGGUGGAGCAGGAAGGGGGGCUGGAUGGGAGGGUCAGGGACGAUGGCAAGGGCCCGGACAAGGGUGGAAUCAGGGACAAGGGGAGGGAGGCUGGAUGCAGGGACAGGGGCAGGGCCAGCAGGCGUGGCAGCAGGGGCAGGGGCAGGGGCAGGGGCAAGGGUGGCAACAAGGACAGGGCCGGGAACAAGGGCAGGGACAGGGGCAGGGGCAAGGAUGGCAGCAGGGGCCGGGCCAAGAAGGGUGGCAGCAGGGACAAGGGGAUGGGCAGUGGCAGCAGGGGCAAGGAUGGCAGCAGGGGCAGGGAGAGGGUCAAUGGCAGCAAGGCCAGGGAGAGGGGCAGUGGCAGCAGGGGCGAGGGGAUAAGCAAUGGCAGCAGGGUGGGGGAGACGUACAGGGUCAAGGGGAGUGGCAGCAGGGACAGGGGCAGGACCAGGAGAAGGGCAGUGGCAGCAGGGGCGUGGGCGUGGCGGGGGGUGGAGGCAUGGAAGGGGAGGAGGAGGUGGGCGCUGGGGACAGGGAGAAGGAGGAUGGAGACAUGGCCCUGGGCGGGGGCAGGGGGGAUGGCAGCAGGGACAAGGGCAAGGACAGCAAUGGCAGGGACAGGGACAGGGGCAGGGGCAAGGGGAAUGGCAGCAGGGGCAGAGACAGGGAGGGUGGGAGCAGGGACAGGGGAAUAAUCAGGGGCAAGGACAGGGAGGGGGAGAGGAAGGGCAAGGUCAGGUUCAGGGAGUGGCAUCACAAGGGCAGGGGCAGGGACAGGGAGCAUGGGAGCAGGGUCAGCAGGCGACUUGGGGACAAGGCCAGGGCGUUACUGGGUGGAAGCAGGGGCAGCAGGGGGAGGAGAACUGGAAUCAGGCCCAGGGAGGUCAGCAGGCACAAGGUCAGCUACAAGGGCAGGCACAAGGCCAGGUACCAGCACAGGGGCAAGGGCAGAGCCAGCAGGGAGGGUGGGGACAAGGGCAGGGGCAGGGACAGAGAGGUUGGUUCCAGGGUCAAGGUCCAGGUGAAGGGGGCUGGGAGCAGGGAGACGGAGGGCAGGCGUAUGGUGGGGCUGCUGGUGUUGAUGGGUCCUAUUAUGGUGGAGUUGGUGGUGGUGGGCGUGGCCAGGGGGGCUUUGGCCCUUCUUUCACUGAGCACGGUCAGUAUGAAGGGCCCCGGGGAGGAGGGGGGCCUGGGUGGGGCAGGGGUCGCCAUGGCAGAGGAGGAAGAGGAGGUGGUGGUGACGGUGGAAGGCAAUAUGGUUCUUCGUAAUCUGAGGUGUGCAGGAGGUCCACCAUUGAAGCGUGAAGCAAGGCGCGUUGGAAGCACAUGGCAAUGGCAACAUGAAAAUUCCACAGGAAGCAUUUGGGAUCUUGUGUCUGUUCUUUCUGAUGUGUGACACAAGGUUCCAAAAAGCUGCAGUUAAUUGCCAUAAGCUUGAAUGGGAAUGCCAUGUCUGUGCAUCACCAGUGAAAGGGCUUGCCUUGCCAUUGGACUGUCUCAUAAGAAAUCACCAGGCAUCCUUUGUCUAGCGAUUUCUAAGACUAGUGACUGGGGUGUUAUAUCGUGAACUUCGAGUUAAUAGUCUUUACUUUCGUGAUGAUGAUGCCACAUGAUAUUUGUGUCAAGUAUUU